CCUCAGUGACCCUAGCAAUUUGCGUUGGCACAUGCUCAAGCACAGAGGCAAUGGGGUGCUUUGACACGGGCAACGAGAUUCUUUGAUUGACACCUCCAUCCUGUAUUUGUUGAAAUGGCUGUUGUGGGGGUUUUUUUUCUACUUGAUUAUAGACACUUUCCACAUUUUCUUUUGCUUUCUGUUUUAUUGUUAUACUUAAUUGAUGUCUGUGUGAUGAAGAAUCACUUUUUUUUACACUUCACACAACCAAAUAUUUGAUUUAAAAUUAGAGCAUGAUUAUGAGAAGAUAAAGGCAGCAAGAUCCAGUGUCAGCAAUUUUAUUUUUUUCUGUAGGUUUGGUUCCAUUCAUAUUCAUUCAUCAAGAAAGCACUUGUAAAUAUUUCUUGGAAAGAGAAAACUGCUGACAAUUAAGACAACGAAAAAACAACAUUGUUUGAAAUGUUAUCGUCAUCCAGAAUCUCAACAUAUGAUGAACUGAGAUAUGUGCUCAAUCACAGAGAUCAGUUCUCAAACACAGAGAUCGGUUCUCAAUCAAAGAGCUCUUUCUUGAACAACAUCUCAACACUCUCUCUGACCUUCAGAAUUCUCAGCUCUCUUGACUAUGGGUGCUUUGUGUAUGGGUCUGCGUCUAAAUCUGUUCUGGCAAGGCUAGAUGUGCUGCAGGCCAGGGCUUGGCUGUGGGGCCUUCAGAACUUCCCCAGUCCCUGCCCUGCUUAUUGAAAUGGGAGAAAUGCCCUUAUGGUUAAGGCGCAUUAAGUUAGGGUUGCAGUACUGGGUAAAACUAAGUGGGUGUCAUCAAACUUUUCCAGCAAGGUGCCUGUUACAAGAGUCUGACGGAGCCAAUAAGUAUAAAACAUUUUUUGUAAAUAUAAAUCAGUGGGCUGGGAGGCUGGGUUUGGAACAGGUUAGUGUAGCGGAACAUACAAGCUGGCUACCUAUGCCAUUUUGGGUGCUGCCCGAGCUGAACAUUGAAAUAGUCUUUCUACAGGAAAAAGAUAAGAAGCUGGUAACUCCAAAAAUAGCGGAACAUCUAAACUCAAUUAGAGACAGUACUUUGAUUAUUUUUUACAGAUGGAUCUAGAGACCCAGUUAGUGGGAGAGCUGGGUUUGGGAUGUAUGUGGAGCAGCUUGGGGUGAAGAUUGGCCGGCGCAUCUCUAAUGAGAGCUCUGUUUUCACAUCUGAGGUAAUGGCAAUCCUAUGGGCUUUAAGGUGGAUUGAAGAAACCAGACCUAGAGAGGUUAUCAUCUGUUCUGACUCUGCAGCUGCUCUGGAAGCCUUAAAAGGGGGCAAUUCUAAGGCUCAACCUGAUAUUAUUACUGCCAUUCUAACUGUUUUUUUUUAGAAUUGGGUUUAGACGUAUCAUUUUGCUCCGGGACACGCUGGGGUCGGGGGGAAUGAGCAGGUGGAUCAGAUUGCAAAACAAAGUUUGAGUAGAGAGGUAGAUGUUCAUAUAUCCUGGGGGAGAGUGGAACUGAGAGAAAUAAUUAAAGAAGGCUUAACGAAGGAAUGGUAGAGAGGGUGGGAAAAAGAAAGCAGGGGUAUACACUAUUUCUCUUUACAAUCUCAAGUAAAAAAAAAGAUGUACCUGCACUUUUCAGUCCCGUAGGGACUCAGUUAAACUGUGUAGAUUGAGGCUGGGUCACUGUGCUAAAUCAUUUUUUAUUUAUUGUAGGCAAACAUGUUUCUGGUUUAUGUGAAUGUGGGAGUUGUGAGACAGUAAAACAUGUUUUUCUGGAGUGUAGAAUAUAUAGGACAGAAAAACAUGCACUAUUUGGUAGACUGUUGGUCUUGGGACUUGGAGGUCAGGCUUUUUCAGUUUUUUCCUUGUUUGGGCACUGUGAUAACCAUAAACUGAUCUCUGGGGCAGUUUUGCAGUUCAUGCAUAGUACAGGACUACAUGUAAAUAUUUAGUUAAUCAUCGGACCUGUGGAGGGCAGUAAUACGAUGGACAGCGUCCAAACUGCCGGAAGCUGAAGAAGAAGAAGAAAUGAGGCGGAGUCAAACUAUGACGAGUCAAACCAGAGAAGGUGAUGUUAUGGUUUGCGUCGAGGCAUCGGGGCGUGUGUCGAGUACCUCAGCUCCUCCCCCAGCGAUGCUCCGUAUCGAGUAGGAUUCACAUAGGCGAAAUGACGUAGCGUGUGACGUUCGAGGCUUCAUCUCGGGCUGUUCCGCGAUAUGAAUAGAAUAGAAUUUAUUGUUGUUCACAAUUGGCACAUUUUUACAAAAAGAAGACCCUACCCAGUUCCAAGAUCGCUUUUAUGUCUAUGUAAUCAAUCACACUCAUUCUCAGUCAUCAUGCAGUUCUAUUGUUACAAUUAUUAGUAGGCUACUGUAGUUAUAAGACAAUCUAUUUUGCCCGGGAUGACUUAAAAUCUUUGUCAAAUGAUGAACUCGGGAGAUAUUUAUGAACGGCACACUCACACGUAUCACUGAAAUGACUUUAAUUCUUAAACGUCUUGAUGUUGUACGAAGCAAACAUCACAUCAUCACAGGAAACUCUUUCUUUCAUCAUAAUUUCAUUCACCACUAGGUGUCCCUAGCGUACUCAUUUCAAGCUUCGAGGUCGAACCACUUUGAUGGUUCAUCUGGCUCCGAGGCUUUGACGUUUCAUGAGGCAUCAUCUCGGCACCACUAGUUAGCCAUUCUAUAGAGGAAUAAUCUGUCAGGCGUAAAGAGUUCCCCGUUCAAAGAAGGUUGUUUAUUGCGGGGGAGGAGCCGCGGCAGCAGUCGUGGUCGUAAUUUCCGCUCCAACUUGUCUGGCCAUCAGGUCCACCGAUUUCCAAACAAGAAAGACAACCAUUUCCGUGCUUGGAUACGUUUCGUCCAGGCAAAGAAGCAACUUUGCUGCCUCCUCGGUGACGAGACACACGGUGUUGUGUGAAAAACACUUCACACCGGACAGCUACAACCAAGGGGAUCUGAUGGAAUUGCGCCCUGGAUUUCGACGAAGAGAGUCGAUUAGGCUGGCAAAUGGAGCUGUUCCUUCUGUGCAUGCAGGUCUACCAGCAACAUCUGGCGGGAGUGAGUCUAGCACUAGCAGAGAAUCCGCUCGCCGAAAACGGGAGCUUUGUACAAUUGUGGGGGAGAGUGCUGCCAUCAAUGAUGCGGCGGGUGCAACUACCACUUCAGAGCCUGAAGAUGAUGGAGAUGGAGACACCUCUACGAUGGACCCUGAGCCAGUAGUGGUCCAUCGUGGAUCUCAGUGCAACAUACGAUGUUUCCAUCGUUCAUUAGAAGACUGCGAUGACUUUGGAGACUGCAGCACACAACGCGACGCCACCUCUGAGAGUCUUUAUGCCCCUGGCUCCUCCCACUUGUCAAGUCACAGCGAGGAGCUGAGGAUCCUGAACGUCUAUGGAAAAGGGGAGGGCCCACUGGCGCUGGACGGCCAUGACACACUCGUGUCUGAACUGGAGGCCCUGAACUCUCUGUCUGCAGACCACAGCGUGGUCAAGAGCCUGGAGCGCGCCAAACAACUGCCCCUCCGUGAGGAACUUACUGUGCAGCAGCAGACCCCAGACACCAUUUUAAUCAAAGUUGAGGAGGAUAUGGAUGGAGGUAUGCCCGCUCUAGAAGACUGCGGUGACUUUGGAGACUGCAGCACACAACGCGACGCCACCUCAGAGAGUCUUUACGCCCCUGGCUCCUCCCACCUGUCCAGUCACAGCGAGGAGCUGAGGAUCCUGAACGUCUAUGGAAAAGGGGAGGGCCCACUGGCGCUGGAUGGCCAUGACACACUCGUGUCUGAACUGGAGGCCCUGAACUCUCUGUCUGCAGACCACAGCGUGGUCAAGAGCCUGGAGCGCGGCGAGCAGCUGGUCCACCGCGAGGAGCUGACUGGGCAGCAGCAGACCCCAGACACCAUUUCAAUCAAAGAUGAAGAGGAUAUUGAUGGAGGCAUGCCCGCUCUAGAAGACUGCGAUGACUUUGGAGACUGCAGCACACAGCACAGUGCCGCCUUGGAUAGUCUGCAUGUGGACGCUCCUGGCUCCUCCCACAUGUCGGGUCACAAAGGGGAGCUGCGGAUCCUGAACGUCUAUGGAAAAGGGGAGGGCCCACUGGCGCUGGACGGCAAUGACGCACUCUUCACCGCGUCUAAACUGGAGACCUUGAACUCGCUGUCUGCAGACCACCGCGAGGAGCUGACGGUGCAGCAGCAGACCCCAGACACCAUUUCAAUAAAGGAAGAAGAGGAUAUUGAUGGAGGCAUGCACGCUGGAGAAGACUGCAAUGACUUUGGAGACCGCAGCACACAGCGCGGCGCCCCCUCAGAUAGUCUGCAUGUGGACGCCCCUGGCUCCUCCCACAUGUCCAGUCACAGCGAGGAGCUGAGGAUCCUGAGCGUCUAUGGAAAAGGGGAGGGCCCACUGGCGUUGCACGGCCAUGACGCCCUCUUCACUGCGUCCGAACCAGAGGCUCUGAGCUCGCUGUCCACGGAACACAGCGUGGUCAAGAGCUUGGAGCGCGGCGAACGGCUGGUCCGCCGCGAGGAGCUGACUGGGCAGCAGACCCCAGACACCAUUUCAAUCAAGGAAGAAGUGGAUAUUGAUGGAGACAUGCACGCUGGAGAAGACUGCGAUGACUUUGGAGACUGCAGCACACAACACAGCUCCACCUUGGAUAGUCUGCAUGUGGAAGCUCCUGGCUCCUCCCACUUGUCAAGUCACAACGGGGAGCUGCGAAUCCUGAGGGUCUAUGGAAAAGGGGAGGGCCCACUGGCGGUGGAUGGCCAUGACAACCCCUUCACCGUGUUCAAGCCGGAGGUGCUGAGCUCGCUGUCUGCGGAACACAGCAUGGCAAAGAACCUGCAGCGCGGCGAGCAGCUGGUCCACCGUGAGGAGCUGACUGGGCAUCGGGGCGACGGCAAGGACCAGCCCGGUGUGUUGUCUUGCGAGGAUUUCCCCAACAAUACCAAUAUGAUCAACCACAUGCGUACCCACACCGGCGAGAAGCCGUACGGGUGCGACCAAUGCAAGAAGCGCUUCAAACUGAAAGGCAGCCUGAAGAGCCACAUGAGGACUCACUCCGGGGAGAAGCUCUACAGUUGUGACCAAUGCGUGAAGUGCUUCAGUAAGAGCUCUCUCCUGAAGAGCCACAUGAGGACUCACUCCGGGGAGAAGCCCUACAGGUGUGAUCAAUGCUUGAAGUGCUUCCAAAGUAAAGGCAACCUGAAGAGCCAUAUGAGGACUCACUCCGGGGAGAAGCCCUUCAGGUGUAACCAAUGCGAGAAGCGCUUCAGUGGGAGCUACACCCUGAAGAUCCACAUGAGGACUCACUCCGGGGAGAAGCCCUACAGGUGUGACCAAUGCGAAAAGUGCUUCAGUCAGAGCUUCGAACUGAAGAUGCACAUAAGGAAUCACACCGGCGAGAAGCCGUAUGGCUGCGACCAGUGCAUGAAGCGCUUCCAACUGAAAGGAAGCCUCAAGCUCCACAUUAGGACUCACUCCGGGGAGAAGCCCUACAGGUGUGAUCAAUGCGUGAAGCGCUACAGUCAGAGCUCCUACUUGAGGAUCCACAUGAGGACUCACUCUGGGGAGAAGCCCUACAGGUGUGAUCAAUGCGCGAGGCGCUUCGGUCAGAGCUCCGACCUGAAGGUCCACAUGUUGACUCACUCUGAGGAGAAGCCCUACAGGUGUAACCAAUGCGAGAAGCGCUUCAGUCUUAACGCCACCCUGAAGAGACACAUGAUGAUACACUCCGGGGAGAAGCCUUAUAGGUGUGACCAAUGCGUGAAGUGCUUCAGUCAGAACUCUCACCUGAAGAAACACAUGAGGACUCACUCCGGGGAGAAGCCCUACAGGUGUGACCAAUGUGAGAAGUGCUUCAGUCUUAGCUUCUCCCUGAAGAUCCACAUGAGGACUCACUCUGGGGAGAAGCCCUACAGGUGUGACCAAUGCGCGAAGCGCUUCAGUCAGAGCUCCGUCCUGAAGAGCCACAUGAGGACUCACUCCGAGGAGAAGCCUUACAGGUGUGAUCAAUGCUUGAAGCACUUCCAAAAGAAAGGCAACCUGAAGAGCCACAUGAGGACUCACUCCGGGGAGAAGCCCUACAGGUGUAACCACUGCGAGAAGUGCUUCAGUCAGAGCUCCUCCCUGACGAUCCACAUCCGGACUCACUCCGGGGAGAAGCCCUACAGGUGCGACCAAUGCGUGAAGCGCUUCAGGAAGAGCUCCGACCUGAAGUACCACAUGAGGACUCACUCCGGGGAGAAGCCCUACAGGUGUGAUCAAUGCGUGAAGUGCUUCCAAAGGAAAGGCAGCCUGAAGAGUCACAUGAUGACUCACUCCGGGGAGAAGCCCUUCAGGUGUAACCAAUGCAUGAAGUGCUUCGGACAAAGAGCUCAUCUGAAUGUCCACUUGAGGACUCACUCACUCAAGUCCUGAAGGUGUAAUGCCAGCUGCAGCGACCCAAACAAAGAGGCAAUGGAGUGCUUGGAAACAGGGCAACGGGACGCUUUUGUUGACACCUCUAUCAUGUAUUCAUUGGAAUGACUGCUGUAGGUUUUUUGUUGAACCCCCAUUAACCCCCGGGGUUAAUGGGUUGUCAAUCGGUUGUGUGUUUGUGUGCUGUUGCAUUAACAUGUUGUGUGUAUGGUUGCCGCCACCAUCACUGAGAAUGACGUGUUUGUUUGUUGGGUGCGCUGUGUUCCAUGUAUGAUGUUGGUCAUAAAUAAAGGCAGUCCGUAGUCGUGCGGUGUACGGGACGCGGAACUGCAUAAUUGCUUGAA